AUGAUAGGGAAUUUUGACGAAGAAGGGCGGACCGACGCGGCGAAAUGUAAGUUGCCUUAUUUUGUUAGCAUAUUUGAGUAAUUUCAGGUCUAAUUUUUCCUACCCGGCCAACUGCGGACACCAUACCUGAACUUGUUUUAACUUUUCAGGCCCAAUUGAUGUUCGACAUCAACAGUAUGUGAUCGCUACAGCAAUAAAUUCGGACGACUUUGUAAGUUAGAACUUUUUUUAAACAUUUUAGGUAUAAAACAAUAUAGAAUUUGGUCUCCACGGAUAAGAUCCCCGUGGCAGUUGAUGAAGCUGGAUCCAGCAAGGACAGGGAUAUUCACGACUUGUUGAAUGGGAAGUAAGUAACAGUUUUAGAGAGUUUUGAGGGAGAAGAUUGGGAUUUUUGAGGUUUUUUUUGAGUUUUCAGCGGAUUGGGCUAAAGUAAUAUUAUUUUUUGAGUUUGCGCUGUUUUUGUGAGUGAUGAAGUGCUUAGGAGGCGGAGAAAGAAAGUAUAAAUAGUAAUUUAGUUGAUAUUAUUGAAAUUUUUUGCAGGCCUACGUCAACCAAGAUUUUUUGAAAUUUUUAGGUAUCUUUGUCUAAAAUAAGGUAAAUUUGUUGCGAAAUGUGCAGUUUAGUGAGUGACACGUGGUUUGCAUGUGCGCCAAUAAUAAGUAGGACCGAUAGAGUUGUUUUGAGGAGUUUGAUGUUAUUUUAGAUAUAAAAUUGUUGAAAAGUCGCUAAUUUUUCCAAAUUCAGCCUCAAUAUCCUAAAAUUGCAACUGCCAACCUCAGUAACAAUGAGAAAGAAAGGGAGACUGUGAACAUGGACACGAACGCCCAUGGGCAGAAUCCGACACGGCCCUCUACAUCUAAAUGUAAAGAUGUUACUUGUGGUGCACAUAAAUAAAUCUAUGAAACUUGUUUUUUCUUGAUUUUCUUAACCGUUGUGUUAACCAGGAAUGUAUCUGAUUUUCAAUUGAAUCUUCAAAUGACAGCCAUAGUAAGGCUAAGCGUAUCACAGUUCUAAAACAAAUAAAAACAUGCCCAAAUCACCGGAAUAAUGAAAAGGCAAAAAUUUUCACCCAAAACAACCGUUUUCCGCAAGAAAACCGCCAACUCAGCGAUGAUUGGCUCAAAAUCGAGGGGGCGGGGCUUAUAAACGUCGGGAAGAGCCUGCUCGCAGACGCUUCCUCCAGAAGAGAAGAAAGAGUGUGACGGCAGACGCGUCCCCAAGUGGUGAGAAUCUGCUCGAGACUCUUUCGACAAAAAAAGAAAGAGGCUGAAGCAUUUUUUUCAGAAGAUUUUUUUCGCUCUUAUUCCUUCGCUCUUAUGUACGUUUAUUUACUUAUAUAAACUUCAAUUUCAUAUAAGUAAAAAAGACGUACAUAUAAGUAAAUCCGAGUCCCCUGUGUAAAAAUACUCGAUUUAGGGGUUUUCAAGGUUGCUGAUUUCGAAUAUCGGGUUCAUUUUUUCUGAACUUUACUAGUUUUCCUUAAGUAGUAGUGUUAAAAAGUAAUUUUUUGAAAGUUCUCUAAAAAUACUGGAUUUAGGGGUUUUCGAGGUUGCUUAUUUCGAAAAUCAUGUUCAUUUUUUUAGUUUUUGACGGUUUUUAUAUAUUUGUUCGAUAUUAUCCAUGACGAUUUUAUCUUAGCUAGGACGAAUUCGGCGCCGUAAAAACUGUGUUGCAAAGAUAAUAUCACUGUGAAAGACAUAUAAGGACUGAAGCGAGUAUUUUUAGAAAAAAUUCGAAAAAUUACUUUUUAACACUACUACUUAAUAAAAAAAGUAGCAAUCAGAAAAAAUGAACCCGAUAUUCGAAAUCAGCAACCUUGAAAACCCCUAAAUUGAGUACUUUUAGAAAAAAUUCGAAAAAUUACUUUUUAACACUACUACUUAAGAAAAAAGUAACAAUCAGAAAAAAAUAACAAAAUUUUUGAGAUUAAUAACAAUAAAUCCAGUCAGAUGGUUCAGAUGGCAGGUCUAAGCCUCUUCUUUGAUUUUUCCCCGGUUCCGGAAGUGUCACUAUUCCGCCAUUCCGGAAGUGUCCAAAUUCCGGAAAUGUCGUGGUGCCACCGUUCUGACCGCUUGGGCGGUCAAAUUCUAAUUCUUAAUUAUUCUGGUGUUUUAUUUUUUUCAGAGCUGGCUCUCAAUUGGGUCUUCAGGACAAGAUGAAGUUAUUCGCUGCCCAGUUAGGCGAGGCCGAUCUCCGUUCCAAAUUCAAGGCUUCUUCGGCUGAGGGGAUUCUUCAUAUUGAAGUAGGUAUGUAAUAUGCAAUAAGAGUGUCUCCGAAGAACGGCAGUCAGUUUUGCCAAUAUCCCCUAAAAUAGGCUAUAAAGCGAUGAAAUAAAUGGUUCUAGGCAGCUGUUUUAUCCCGUUUCCGAUGGGUUUAUAAAAAAUGUUUGAGGAAUCAAAGGAAGGAACUGAGCAAAAGAAGUGGAACGCGUUUGGAAGUCUUACCCAAUAUGAAUUAGAGAAAUGUAAAAAAGGUGCAAGAUAGUUGCUUUGUUCACGAAUAAUAUCAGUUUGGUCAUCUUCAGAUAGAAUAAUCUUAAUCAAAAAUAAAAUUGAUGAGAUUUCCGUUCAAGGGAACCAUUUUAGGUGCGAAUUUCAGUUUUAAAAUAAUUCAAAUUUUACAUUUAUGCUUGAAAACGUCCAUAAUUUUUUUGUCCGUACAGUAGUAAUCAAAAUGAUAAAAAAAUGCUGCAAAUACUUUUGAUACCGAAAUAUUUUUGAUUCCAUCUUUAUUUUGAACAAUAAAAUUUUGUUUUAUAAUUUAGAGAUUAUUCUAAUUGAAGAGACGUCAGUGAAAGAGCCCUCGGCCUGCAGAGAAACGAGGGAUGGAGCACGUCAAAGCCAGUUUUUUCGGGUUUCCCGGAUCUGAUCCGAGAGUUUUUUUCGGCCGCCAGGUAUUUUCACCGCCUCCACUUAAAUUCGAUUCCCUCAGGGCGUCUCAUGCAAGAACAAACGAGAACACUCUCAAAACUGUUCCCUGA